GUGAGGGAGGGCAGAGCCCUCGGAGGGGAGGAAGGGCCCAACGGAGAGAGGAGGCAGGGCUGAGAAGGCAACUGGGAGGGCGAGGUGAGGAGCAGCAAGGCCAAGACAAGGGGCUGAGGAAAGAGAAGUAAAGUAAAGGGAGCAGGUUUUAUUUUUAAAUUUUAUUUAUUUACGUAUUUUAAUCCUCACCUGAGGGUAUGCUUUUAUUGAUUUUAGAGGGAGAGGAAGGGAGAGGGAGAAAGAUUGAGAAACAUCAAUGUGAGUGAGAAACAUUGAUCAGUUGCCUCCUGUACAUGUACCUUGACCUGGGGUCGAACCCGCAACCUAGGUAUGUGACCUGACCGGGGAUUGAACCUGCAACGUUUUGGUGUUGGGUGAUGAUGCUCCAACACCUGAGCCACCCGGCUGGGGCAGGGACGGGGGCUAGUUUUAGACACGGCAGCCCGAGGGUCCGCUGACGCCAAGGUCCCCGUGGGACUUUGUUGGUGGAGAAGGUGAACCAGGAUGGGAGGCAGGUGAGGAGGGACAGCAUCUCCGAGCCCUCGGCAGAGAUUCCUUCCCGGUGCCCCCAGAGGCCAAGGCUGGUGGGUGGGAGGAAGAAAGGAGGAGGGAGAAGAGGCAGCCCAGCCAGAUACAAGCUAGACUGUUAACCCUCCGUUGGCCAUUCAGAUCCUCCUCUGAGGCCCCAGGGGCAGGCCAUCUUCAAAGUUGGCUGCACUGUCCUCACACAGAUGCCUGAAAUAACUCCAAAAGCCAGGCAGUCCCUGAGGCUAAGCAUUGACCCCCCAGCCCCCCUGCCCUUAAUCAUCAUUGUCUUGAAGUGCCUGCACAAGAAUGUCCUCCUGAGCACCCUGCCCCUUGCUCCCCCCUCCCCGGGAUGGAGCCAUGCUGUGCCUUCCCUUCAGGUCCUCCCUUCCCUCUCUGCCACCGAUUUCUCCCCAUCUUUCCAGGCCCCCUGAGGCCCCUCCUCCCUGCAGCCUCCCUGGUAGCCCAGCCAGGGCCUCUUCUCCCGGGUGAGAGCUGGCGAACAUUGAGCUUUUAGUUAUAUGUAAAUCAGCGUGUCCCUGUGGGCUGUUUCAUAGCCUCCUUGUGUUUUUCCAAUGCGCUGUUUAUUGGCAGCAUUUGUCUUAUCCUCUGGGUUACUGAGGCAGAGCCCAGAGCCUAGGAAGGUGCCAGCCCUCACCCCACCCUAGCAGCAUUUCUCUGAAUCUGGGGGAGACUUGUGGGGGGGGGCUUAAGGGGUGAGGGUGAGGGAGAGAGGAAAGAAGGGGAAUGACAGGGUGUCAGGUGCCAGUUCUCUGACUUUCCUCUGGGGGUGAGCAGUUACUGGGUUGAAAGAGAGGAGAGAGCUCAGAAAACUUCCUGGCCGCGUUAAGAGCUGGCUGGCUGGCUGGCUGGCUGUACAGCCUGAUGGGGCUCCGCUCGGCAGGUGUCAGCCAGGACGGACUGACUAGUGCUGUCAUUGCCGCUGCCACCUGUUGUUUUUGACAACCAGACGCGGAGGGCUCCAAAGGUCUGUAGCACGGGACAGGUUCCCAGCGAAACUGAGUUUGUUUCCAGAAGCAGAGCCGGACCUGUGUGGGACCAGGUGGGAGGAAGGGCUGGACCCAAGGGAUCUGUCUCUGGCUCACAGUCUGGAAGCCAAUGCAGACAUGGCUGGGCCCCCGGCUACUGCUGGUCUGUCUCCUGGUGAGCAGGAGUAUUACCGAGGAGUCGAAGCACUGUAGCCACAUGAUCGGGGACGGACACCUGCAGCUCCUGCAGCAGAUGAUUGACAGUCAGAUGGAGACCUCGUGCAAAAUCCCCUUUCAGUUUGUGAAUGAGGACCAGUUGAAAGACCACGUGUGUUACAUUAAGAAAGCCUUUUUCUUGGCACAAGACAUCAUGGAGGACACCAUCAGCUUCAAGGACAACACGUCCAAUGCCAUCGCCCUGGUGAAGCUCCAGGAGCUCUCCGUGCGGCUGGAGGACUGCUUCCCCCAGGUCUACGAAGAGCAGCAGGAAACGGCCUGUGUCCAAAAUUUCUCUGAGUCACCCCUCUGGGCCCUGGAGAAGAUCAAGAACGUCUUUAAUGAAACAAAGAACCUCCUUAAAAUGAACCAGAGCAUUUUCAGCAAGAAUUGCAGCGACAGCUUUGCGAAGUGCUCCGUCCCAGAUGUGGUGACCACGCCUGAUUGCAACUGCCCGUACCCCAAAGCCACCCCUAGCAGUGACCUGACCUCUGCCUCCCCUCAGCCGCCCCUUGCCCCCUCCGUGGCCCCUCUGGCUGGCUUGCCCUGGGCUGACUCUGAGGGGACAGAGGACAGCUCCCUCUUGCACAGUGAGCAGCCCCUUCGCACAGAGGACCCGGGCCUUGCCAAGCAGCGAGCACCCAGGAGCACAUGCCAGACCUUUGAGUCACCAGAGACCCCAGGCGCCGAGGGAGGCCCCGUCGGAGGCUCGCCUGAGCCCCAGCCCUCGGUGGGAGCUCCCGUCUCUGGGAUGGAGGACGUUCUCGACUCUGUGUUGAGCGCUAACUGGGCCCUAGAAGAGGCCUCUGGAGAAGCUAGUGAGGGGCCUGCACCCCGAGGCCCAGAGCCCUCCCCCUCCAGGCUGGGAGGAGGCAGCAUGCAGGCGGCGGCCACCAGACACACCAACCUCAUCUCAGCAUCUCCACUCCGCACAUCAGCCAAGGGCCAGCCGCCAGCGGAUGGAACCGGCACCCUCCGGCCCAAGGUGGGCUCUGGGAGACCCACCGGCCAGGCCCGGAGUCACACACCCGAGAAGACAGACCGUCCAUCUGUGCCGCCCAGAGACGCCCAGGCACCAGGCUCUGCCAGGCCCGUGUUCCUGCGCCCGAGAGGCCUCAGCCGGCCCUCCACCCUCUCUGCUCAGGCCAGGCUUCCCGGCAGCCACGCCUGGGACAGUGUCCUGCCCCUCGGGGGGCCGCAGGGCAGGAGGAGCACCCGGGAGCGGAGGAGCACCGCAGGGCUGGAAGGAGGACCAAGUGAGGGGGUGGCCGCACCCCAUGCCCAUUUUAACCCCGUUCCUUUGACAGACAUAGGCGGGGUGCUGCCGCCCUCCACCCCCCAGGCCAGCGAGAUUGUGCGCCCCGUGCUGGUGCCCAGCACCAUCCUAGUCCUGCUGGUCGUGGGCGGCCUGCUGCUCUACUGGUGGUGGCGGCGGCGGAGCCAUCGAGAGCUACAGACCGUGGAUUCUCCCCUGGAGCAACCAGAGGGCAGCCCCCUGACCCAACAUGAGGACAGACAGGUGGAGAUGCCAGUGUAGCGGGAAGGCUAAGCUGGGCGCACAGGACAGUCUCUCCACGGCAGGAGAUGUUACGGGGCGUCGACCCGCCUCCUCCGCCAUCCUCCUGGGAACGUGGCCUGCCCACCCUGAGAGCUGCUGCCGACCAGGACUAGGCCAGGGCAGCUGGGCUGGCCCCUCCACCCUCGACCCCCAGACUCUGGACUGACUCGGAGAGGGCCGGCGGGUGCCUCGUGCUGCUGAUAUUUAUCGUGGGCCCUGGAGGCUCCCAUCUGCUUGAGGGGGGCUGGCGAGCCCGGAGGAGUACUCUCUGCCCCUGGGGCUGUGCCCUCCUCCCGCCCCCUCCGGCCAACACCUGGGCAGGGACCCAGAGGCCGUGGCUGUGGACAGCAGGGUGGGCGCUGAGGAAUGGAAGAACCCUUGCGCCCAGGGAUGGGUCCCUGCCCCAACAAGCAGGCACAUGUCACGGAGAGAUGCCUGAGAUUGGCGGGGCGGGACAGCGUCAGCUGGUUUCCUGGAAAUGUGGGCGGCCCAGAAGAUGGGAGGAGAAGGCUUGCCUGCCGCUCCGACAGCCCUCCACUGGCAAUGCUGGUGCCAGGCAGAGAGGGGAGGCCAGCCCUGCCCUCGGGACCUGCUGGGCUCUCGAUGCCAAGGUGAAGCCCAAGGCUGGCUGCUGCCCCACCGGCCCUCCAGAACCUGCCGGAGCUGCCCCGGGAGGCCGUCCAGAGGCGCCCCUCGCGAAGGAAGCCAUUGCACUGUGAAGACUGGACCUGCCUGCUGUACAGCUCCGAUGCACAUCUGUCCGCCCUCCGGCCUCCCCAGCUUCUGCACUGACCGCCCGAGCCAGCCUCGCCCGUCCCAUCGACGGAGGGAGCCCCUGAGCCCUGACCUUCCGCUGAUCUGGCCUCUGACUCCCUGGGUUGAUGGGGCGGGAGAACGCCUGGGCUGCACCAGAGCAGGUCUCUAGGCUGCUGUUGGCCCAGGUUUCUGCAUUUUGCACUUUGACGUUCCCAAGAGGGAAGUGACUAGUGGAAGGAAGAAGGGUGGGGAGGGCAGAGACCGACACGGGGAGGGUCUUUGAAAUGAUGGGUAUGCCCCCGAUGUUGGGGGAGGCGUCCACGCCCUGACCCCUGCUGCAGCCACAGCUGCAAGGCCGCUGCCCGUGGGCACCCGGGGCUGAGCGGGCUGUCCCUGUGAGGGGCCUGGUAGGCAGUGAUACCUCCAGUCUCACCCCACGCACCCACCCAGGACCACAGUCUCUGUAACCAGGCAAGCCAGGGUGGGGGAAGGACCGAGCAUCUAUUGCCAAGUCUGCCUUGAGGACCUCCGCUUCCUGGGCCAGCCCCCAGCUGCAGCUCCAGAGCUGGGCCGCAGGUGACAGGGCUGUCAGCUGUCCUUGGUCCCUCUGUGCAGCUGCGUCCCUUCUCUCCUGCUGUCCUGGGCCCUCCACGGAGAGACCACCCUGCUGGCUGCUGGGCCGGGCCCCCCACCUUCCCUUCCUGCUCUUGAAAGUGAAGGUCACUGGUCCCUGACAGCUGAGGGAGGAGCAGAGGACUCCCCGGUGGGACUCAGCCUCCUAGUCAUAGACUCUAUUUGAUGCCAGGAAGUAUGUAUUUAAAAGUGGAAGGAAAAAACAAACAGGAAAAGUCAUUCCUGCUCCACCCCCAUCCCUUAAACUAUAGUAUUUUCAGAGUCAAGAAAGCAAAGAGCUUCCUUCCGAAAUGGGUUGGACUUGCUUUCCUGCCUCGGGGCGGGAGGCCCAGGACCCCUUCUUUUCCCCAAGAAAGCCGAGAGGGAACAUUGGCUCACACACUGUGAGAUUUUGUUUUUACACUUGGAAGUGAUGAAUUAUUUUAUAUAAAGUCAUUUAAAUAUCUAUUUAAAAAAUAGGAAGCUGCUUAUAUAUUUAAUAAUAAAAGUGCACAAGCUGCCA